AGCCGAAACAAACUUCCCCGAAAAAGCAGGUCGGAGAUGUAAACAGAGGCACGCCAGGGCCAGCGGCGGGUGGCGUGAGGAGUGAAUGAAAUGUGACAUCAGAACACUUCGACAACACCAAGAAUGGAAUAUGAUAUACUGAUACUGCACAAGAGAAUGGUGACGAUGAAUGAAAUGACAAGAAGGACAUACAGGAAUAAAACAAAUGGUAGAAGAUAAUGAUCUGCUGUGGUACAAGUGGAUGAUCAAUCAGGUGCACUGAAAACUAAACAGGUAGUAACCACAUGAAAGAUGGAGAAGUACAAGGUGCUGGAGGCAAUAGGACAAGGUUCAUUUGGAAGAGUGUUCCGAGGAAAAUGCCUCCUUAGGGGGCAAGUUGUAGCUCUGAAGUUUAUUCCAAAGAGAAAUAAAGUAGAAAGAGAAUUAAAAAGUCUCCGGCGAGAAUGUGAAAUUCAAAGAGGUCUGGCACAUCCAAAUAUUGUUCGUAUGAUUGACUCGUUUGAGACAGAAAAUGAAGUUGUGGCUGUUAGUGAGUAUGUGCCUGGCCAACUUUUUCAACUUUUAGAGUCUAAUGGUCCAUUAAGAGAGGAAAGAGUUCAACAGAUUGCAUGCAACUUAGUUUCAGCAAUUUAUUAUUUGCAUUCUCAUAGAAUUCUCCAUAGAGACAUUAAGCCCCAAAACAUUUUGCUCUCAUCAACUGGUGAAGCAAAACUCUGUGACUUUGGAUUCUCCAGAAAAAUGGGCAUCAAUACCUAUGUAUUGACAUCUGUAAAAGGCACUCCAUUAUAUAUGGCACCUGAAUUAAUUGAGGAGAAACCUUAUGAUCACAAUGCAGAUUUGUGGUCCCUUGGGUGCAUCCUUUAUGAACUACUUCUUGGAAAGCCACCCUUUUGUACCACUUCUAUAGUUCAGCUAAUCAAAAUGGUGAGAACUGAACCAGUCAUAUGGCCGGGAGGAUGGAGCAAGGAUUGUUCCACUUUUUUACAUGGACUCCUUGAGAAAGAUCCAAGCAAAAGGCUCACAUGGCCAGCUUUACUUGAGCAUCCUUGGGUUCAUGAGGGAGUAGUGUUUGUUCAACAUUCUCUGAAUAUAAUGCCUCUCACUAAUCCUUUGACAGUGUCUCAACAGCAGGUAAAAGAACAACAAUGUAAAGAAUUAGUAGAAAGAGCUGCUGGACAGUCAAGAGUGGCUGGUCAGUCUAACAUUAGAAAAGUUGUCUCUAUAUCAAAAGAAGAAGUUUCACCACAGAGACCUGAAUUGUCAACUUUGCCAGCUGAUAAAGCAGUGGAUGAUGUACCUGUACCUCCUGCACCUGUAAGCUUUCCUAACCAGAAUGAGAGAAAGAAAAGCAUAGGAAUUCCUCAAAUAGAUGGUGAAACCUUAAAAAAGUUACAAGCAGUUCAUCUCCAAACUGGCUCAUGUCAAGAGGAUCAAGGCUCAAGAUCUCCAUCUCCAUAUCAACAGCGUUACAGAGGAAGAGAGAAAAUGAUUCAAGUUCAUUUAUCUAGUUCAACUGAUGCAUCAGUUCAAAGCCUGAAACAAUGUGUACACACAGUGGAAGCUGAUGUCCACAUUAAUGCAUCCUCAAAGGAAUCUGUUCCAGCAACUGGACAAGAUUAUGAACCUGAUGUUAGAAGUGCAAUUGGGGCAUCAGUUAGGAAGCUCAGCAGAGUAUCUCAGGAGCCAGGGUUCAAGGAAGAGGAUGUAAAGGACUUUCAGACGUAUGGACCAGUACCUCUAGAAGAUCGCAAAGAUAGUAUGGUCAAUUACCUAGCAAAUUCAGUAGAUUCCUCUAGAAGAGGAAGCAGACCUUCCAAUACAGUGUUGGAGCUAAUGCAAGAUGGAAGACCAAGUUUGCCAAACAUAAAUGAGGAGAGUUAUACUCCAUUUACUCAAGAAAGAGUGUUGACUGUUAUGAGUGGAAAGACUAGUAGUGCUGCAGUGUUUACUCUUCACAGUUUCAAUUCUGAAGACACACCAAUUGAAACAGAGGAAUGGUGUCAGUUUAUUGAUAAAUCAUUGGCAGAUGUACUUGAUGGAAAUUGUAGCAUAUUUCUUGAACAAACAGAAUUGUCCAUGUUUGUUUCUCCUUUGAGAAAUCAAACAUGUUCACUGCCAGUUAUAAAUAAACUUACAACUUUGCUGUUGUUGCCCUUGACUAUGGACGAUAUGAAGAAUAAUAAGGAAAGUGUGAUUAAGGUGUAUCUUGAGUGUAAACUGGUACCAAAUUUAGUGUAUUGUUGCAAACUGAUAUCACGGGUAGAAAACUAUAAGCUAAAAAGAACAGUUGAAUUUGAUAAAGAUCAGAUUGAUACAAUGGGAAAUAUUACUGCAUUAAUGUGCCAUUUAGUGUAUCUUGAAAAAGAUUUUCUAUUUCAGUUUUGUGACUGUGUUUGUGUAUUAAAUGCUUUUAAUGUAAUGAAAAAGAUCCUAAGCCUAGAUAAUGUGCUUCCAAGUUUAGUUGCAGACAUGCUGGCAAUACUGAAUCACAUCUUGAGAAAAACACCUGAGAAUCAAACAGUUGUGGGAAAGAUCUUAGGUACUGACACCACAGUUCUCUUGCUGCUGGGUACUCUUAUUACCCACCGAGUACCUGUUGUGCGGGCAAGGCUGUGCACCCUCAUCGGAUAUUUGGCCAAGUGCUGCCCUCAGGUGGCAAAGCUGUUUGAAGGUCAGCACAAACUUAUAUGUGAUUUAAUCAAUUUGGAAAGUGAUCUUGUUCCUCAAGUGAGAAAAGCUGCUUCUUUUGCAGUAUCAUGUUUACAGUCAUUCACAGAACUAAUACCUGAUGAUUCAUGCUCUUGAUGUGACUACUAAAUGCUCAUCAAAAUGUUAUUGUAUUCAUUAUACAUACUUAAUCAUGGAUGGAUCAAUGCUGUUUAGCUUGUGAGAAGAAUCUGAAUCUUAUAGGUUAGUAACAUGUUUUGUUAAGUAAGUGCAUGUGAAAGGAAUACUUAGAAAGCUAAUGUGAACUAGAGCAGACUUACUGAGAUUAUUUAGUUCAAUUAAAUGGUUAGUCUUGAGGAAAUGAAAGAUUAAGUAUUUUGGAAUGAUUGAAAUAAGAAAUUGAUACUUUGGAAAAGAUAACAAGAAUGGGAACAAUUGAAACAAUUUCAAUCCAUAAAAUGAUGGCAAAAGUAUAUAUGCCUUCUUAAAUUAUUGUGUAAUCACAGGACUGUGGUUUCCCAUUAGAAUAUGAAGGCCAUGAAUGAAAAUUGUGGAAAUCAAUUUGUUGAGAAAUUGUGGUGUAUAGAUCAUACAGAAUAAGAAUAAUGGUGCUAUAUGUGAGAUAUUUGAAUCACAAACCUUUUAACCUUAUGGGAUGGAGCAGAGUGUGUUGAGAUGAUAUGAACAUGUUGAAAGAGUAGAGGUGAUAUGUAUAGUGAAAAAAGUGUCUAUAAAUGGGUUUGAUGGCAGGAGAAACUGUGGUGAAUGAAGUGGUUGUUGCCAUAUGGUUCUAUAUUCUAUAUUCCAUAGUUUCUGAAGUUUUGUUGCCUGUGGGAAUGUUCACCAAACAGGGGUAACCAUGAUGGAAAGGCUUAUAUCUCUUUCUACUAGGACACAUCUUCUCUACAUGUUUAAACUUUUCCUUCUGCUAGAAAGUCCUACAUUCAUGCACUCCUUUUCUUCAUCCUUCAUCUUACAAGUCACCUUUCUUUUCUAACAGGAGUCAUAAUUUCAUUGCAUUCAUUUGUCACAAAUUUUCUGCUCUCUAUCCUCUCAGUGCUACUAAAUCAUUUUACAACAGAUUUUUGUUUAUUCCAACUCUAUUUUAUUUGCAUAAGUUCCCUUGCUGUAUCAUUCAUAUAUCCUUUCAUGGUUCUCAUUUUAUGUUCAUAUGUUUCUUUAUGAUAUGGGAACUGUUCUUGAAAAAGAGGCAGGAAUGACAAAAAUGAAAAUUUGUGGCUGUUAUUAGAUUGGUAGUGUUCACCUGAGAUAUAUAACAGUAAGAUUUGCAUUAAUUUCACAACCACAAGCAUUCCUUCACUCUCUAGUAUAUAAGCCUCUGUGUGGGUAGAUGACUGAUCCUCACUGACCACACUGUACUGUGGUCACUUGUUUAGCAUGCCUUUAGUAAUCAUAAUAAACCCAUUUCCUUCAUCUGACUUAAUUAGCUGAAUGGGCCACACAUACACGAACUUCCAGUAGAUGUAGAGGCUUUCUAGGCUGGAUCAUCAUUUAUUCUUUCACAUCUGCUUUCCACUUACUCGGUCAUGCAUAGUCACUCUUCCUUACUUCUUUUAUAUCUAAUGGUCUCUGUGUUGUCCCUCCUUUCCAUGAAGUCUUUCCUUUAGCAUACACCUCUUGUACCUGACUCAUUUGUCUUCACUGAUCUCUUCCAUUCUUUCUCCACAUGCCUAAGAUAUCAUAACACUCCCUCAACUGGUUGGUCAGCUAACUCUGACCAACCUGACUCUGAUAAAUUCUUAGCACUUUCUUACUUUUUUACUUGAUCCAUAGGUCCAUACAUGUUCCUCAUACAUCUUAUCAUAAUAACAUUUAAUGUCCUCCCUCCUGCUCCCAUACUACAUGUUUCAGCCCCUUAAAAUGCAUAUGGUAAUUACCACCAAAAUAUUUUUUUUUAUAAAAAAAAAAUCAGUAGAAUAUAAUUAAACUGGAAGUCAGGAGAGGAUAACUAAAUGACUUUAAAAGUACAGUAUUAAUCAUAAUGACGUGAAUUACCAGUGUAUUUUGUAAUUUUUCAUGCAACAGUCAAUAAAAUCGAGUAAACACUG